GCAUUGGCAUUUUUGCUGUCGGCGUGGCGGGAACGCCGCAUGAAAAUGGCUAUAGCAGAUUCAUACGGUACAAUUCAAUCAGUUUUUCUGCAUUUCAAUUGUUUCUCUCGAUACUAUUGAAAAAGAUUAAGUGGAAGAGAGGCGCCAAUCUACUUUAUCAUUUUGGAGGAGAAUGAAGUUCAAGGAGUUUGUGACAACUAAAUUCUUUAGAAGAAAGAAGAAGAACAUUACUAAAACAUCUCUCUAUCAUACUCCUCCUAGUCCUAAUUUUCACCUAGAUCUACCCCCUUCUGAAGCAGCUUCGUCCGUUUUGUUUCGGAAUGAAUCACCGAUUUAUUCAUCUCCUAAAAUUUCUGCUGUUGGUACCUUUCAAAGGAGGAGUGCUAAAAGGAAUACGAUAGCCGCUUCUCCUUUCUAUUCAACGCCCUACGAUUCAAUUCCACCUAGACCUGUUUCCGAGUUCUAUAGCUCUGUUAGGAAACCUGAAAGGCCAAGGAGUCGUAUCAAAACCAAUCCGUGGAUAGUACCUCCCACCGAAGAAUAUGAAAAUCCUGUUAAAAAUAUUGUUAAAAACCCUGUUCGUAGGCCUACUUGCGGCAUUUUCGCUCCAAAAUCUCCGAAGACGUUAAAGACAUCGGGCUGUUCGGCUUUCGAUAAGAUAUCACCCGAUUCGGCCGUCGACCUAUUCUUUCCGUACGAGAACUUGCCAGCCGACGAUGACGCCGAUAAAGAAGUUGGCUACUUCUCUAGGCAAGAAAUUGAAAAGUACCCUCACUGCAUGACCUACGAACCGGAAGUAAGCUUUGAGUACGAAGACGCGUUUGAAGAAAGCUUAGAAAGCGAAGAAAUAAGAAAAUUGAGAAAGAAAUUUCGAGAUGAGGUGUUUCUGUCCUACGAAAGCUCUGAUCAUUUGUUCGAAUCUAGUGAUGAGGGCGAUAUGACGCUAAGUGAUUGCGACAGUGAGACUGAUAAGACUGAUAGUGAAAGUGAAGUUCUUGUUGAAAACGAUGAUAAUUUAUCUUGCGAAGUAGAAGAAACCGAUAUUGACGAUGACGACGAUAUCAGUGCAAAGAAUCGUAACCGUAAUAGCGACGAUGAUGACGAAGAGGAAGGUGAACAGGAAGGGGAAGAGGAAGAGGAUAAAGAUUGUAAAUUAUCAUCAGCCGAUGGCGAUUCUUUAGACUCAGCGAUUGAAAUCGUCGAUGACACAAGAAUAGAUAGGGAAAAGAUACUAGCUCAAAAAUGCGUCACCGAAUUUCGAAAAAGACAACUGCUGCAAACGCUAGAAGAUCUGAAGAAGAAGUUGGAAGAUCAAAGUGAAAAAUUACAAUCGUCUACUUGUAGCGGCCUAAUUAGUUUACGGAAUCGGCAACUUACAAGACACUGCAUUGCAGUUUGUAUCGACGCCCGAGAAUGUCCGUUCUAAACGCUCGAUGUUUACUCAACGAUUUUCGAACGUUUCUUUCUUCUUUUUUUUUCUCUCUCUCUCCCUCUCUCUCUCUCCCACCCUCCCUCUCUGCCAUUUUUUCUUCUCUCUAUCUUUAUGCCUUUGUUUUUUUCGAUCCUUGUCGUUUUUUCCUGCAUUAUUCCCCAACAUUCAAACAUGCAGAAAAAGAAAAGAAAAUAAUGACGAUUGUACACAUUCAAUGUAGGCCUGAAUGGAACUUAUUAAUUAUGAAGCAUGAGGUCAUUAAAAGAAAUAUUAAUCUAGUCGUCUCUUGGUCGUCGUCAUCGAUGCCCACCGUCAUCGUCGUCGUCGUCAUUUUUCGUCGCCCUUAUUGACUGUUCUAUUCAUUUUAUUUUAUAUGUAUAACAGUACAUUGUUCGUUUCUCUCUGUCUCUCUGUUUUGGCGUCGAAACGUUUAAUUUUACAAGAAAUUAUAAAAAAUAUGGAAAAUUAUUUAUUAAAAAAAUAAAGACGGAAAAUAAGAAAGAAUAAAGAGAUUAAACAGCAUAUCAUAUGUAAUACAUUAAUUAGCUGAUUUCUUUCUAAGUGGCCAAUUAGCAUUAGAUUUCUGUGUAUUAUUAUUAUAACUUCGUAUCUCUUAUAACGUCCCCCGAUUCAACGACUGCCGGAUUAUCGUGAGGAUUUAUUAUACGAUCGACGCGCCAUCUGUAGGAGUACGUCAAUCCUACAAGGACGAGAAUGGAGAAAGCAGCUGCGGCACUUAUUAAGCCUACUAUCGUGUUUGACCUGUAUUUUGAUAAAAAGGUAAACUUAAAACAAAUUGAAAGAAAGAUAGAUGAAAAGGGAGAAAGGAAAGAAGACAUAAGAAAAACAGAUAGAAGGAAAGAGGAAAGAGGAAAAAGGAAAGAUUAGAGAAAAUAAAUAUAAAAAAUAGGUUGAUAGUUAGACCAAAAAAAAAACCAGAUAGACAAGGAAGAAGAGAGAGGAAGAAAAAUGAGAAACAGAAGGUAGAAAUAUACAUAAAAAAAGGCUAUGAUAAGUGAAAUAGACAGAAAAGGAAAGACAGAGAGAGAGAGAGAGGGUGGAGGUUAUUUGUUUUUUAAAAAAGGCUAUAGGCUGAAAAAUAGAAUAUUUUUGAUUUUUUUUACUUGUAAAGUUGCCAGAGGUCGAUAGUUUUCAAAGUUACUUUCCAAAUUUCAGUGUUACUUUUCAUAAUACAUUCGUACUUUCCUUGUUUCUCAUCUGAGAAACGAGCGAUUAAUAAACCAGUCUGGUUUACGUAGACACCCUUCCGGGUGAAAUCGUUCGUAACGUUAACCCAAUCUCUAUCUGGUAGAAUCCAUUUCCUGCCCUCCUCAUCGCAUUUCAGGAAGAUUUCAGCUCCGUAAGUUUCCUGAAUUUCGUACGACUGACAAAAGACGAAUAAGGGUGGGAUGAUUAGUAGAGAAAUCGUUAAAAUUUUACGCAUGUUUGCUUUCUUCCGGUCCGGAUCGAUUUUAAAAAGUGUCUGUUGUGUAUGCGUAAAAUGGUAAAAAAAGGCGGAUUUUUGUAGGCCAUUGAAUUAAUCUGGUGAUAGUUUUGGCAGUUUAUUAUCUCAGCAAUAUUUCCCUAUCUGUAGUACUUAAAAAGAGGGGGAAAACUAACCGAAUAGGACUAUAGAACUUUUUAAAAAGAAUAAUAGAACGUUUUGAAAAAAAAUUAUAGAACGUUUUCAAAAAGCUUUCUAGAUCACUACGUAGCUUUAUGUUAAUCUAUUCUUCUAAAUGUACGAAUAAAGUGGAGGGAAGAAGAGAAAUAGAAUGGAAAUAUAAGGAAAAUCGUUCAAUAAAAGUAUAAAAAGAACAGAAAAUAGGGAAUAAAGGAGAAAGGCGAGAAAGAGAGAAAAACGAAAGAACGAUAGAUAAAAUAGAAUGAUAGAACAACCAAUAUAUCUUAUAUAUGUUAGUUUGUAAGAAAUAAUUACGUAUAUUUCCUAACGAUUUCGUAAUGCAAGUGGUAUACAUUAUUAACGGAGAUAGAAUUGAAAUGGCCGGAAGUGUUCCAGCCGCCGGCAAACACAAGGAAAAAUUGGCGUUUGAAAAGAGAACUUUUUCUUCUCUUUAUAUCCUUAUAUAGUCCCCUUUCCAUGAUAUAGGCCUACAGUCAUAAUGAAAUAAAAGAGGACACCAUGUAGAAAAAAAGAAAGAAAAAAAGAGAGGCCGGAGAUUGGACUAGGGAAAAGAAGAGAGGGAAAAAAUUAGAGGAUGAGAAAGGAAAAAGAAGAGAGGAAGAGAGAGAGAGAGAGAGAGAGGCGAUAAAGAGAAGAGACAUAGGAAUGUGUAAAUUGUUGGCAAAAGCGUUAAUUACACAUUUAAAGGAAGGAAGAGUACAAAAGAGAGCAAGAAAUAAGAAAGAGAGAGAAAGAAAGAGAAAAAGGAUAUGUGAUAGACAGAAGAAUGAAAAAGUAAGGAAG